ACUUGGGUCUUCUGGAAGGACUGCACUUGUUCUUAACUGCCGAGCCAUCUCGGCAGCUCCUAAGGAGGGAUCUUGAACAGAUUGACGGAUACAAAGCUACUAUGAGUCUGUUAAACUGUGAAAACAGCUGUGGGUCCAGCCAGUCCUCGAGUGACUGCUGUGCCGCCAUGGCCACCUCCUGCAGUGCUGCCAUGAAAGACGACAGUGUGAGUGGGUCUGCCAGCACGGGGAACUUCUCCAGCUCCUUUAUGGAAGAGAUCCAGGGCUAUGAUGUGGAGUUUGACCCACCUUUGGAGAGCAAGUAUGAGUGCCCCAUCUGCUUGAUGGCUUUACGAGAAGCUGUGCAAACACCUUGUGGCCACAGGUUCUGCAAAGCCUGCAUCAUCAAAUCCAUAAGGGAUGCAGGUCACAAGUGCCCAGUUGACAAUGAAAUACUGCUGGAAAAUCAACUGUUUCCUGACAAUUUCGCAAAGCGAGAGAUUCUUUCUUUGAUGGUGAAGUGCCCAAAUAGAGGCUGUUUGCACAAGAUGGAACUGAGACAUCUCGAGGAUCAUCAAGCACAUUGUGAAUUUGCUCUUAUGAAUUGUCCCCAAUGCCAACUACCUUUCCAAAAGUGCCAGUUUAAUAUACACAUUAUCGAGGAUUGUCCCAGGAGACUGGUUUCUUGUGUAAACUGUGCUGUGUCCAUGCCAUUUGAAGAAAAAGAGAUCCAUGAUCAAAGCUGUCCUUUGGCAAAUAUCAUCUGUGAAUACUGUGGUACAAUCCUCAUCAGAGAACAGAUGCCUAAUCAUUAUGAUUUAGACUGCCCGACGGCUCCAAUCCCUUGCACAUUCAGUGUUUUUGGCUGUCAUGAGAAGAUGCAGAGAAAUCACUUGGCGAGACACCUGCAAGAGAAUACCCAGUUGCACAUGAGACUGUUGGCCCAGGCUGUUCAUAAUGUAAACCUUGCUUUGCAUUCAUGUGAUACUUAUGCUCCAUCCCGGGGAUGUUGUCCAGAGGACCCAAAUUAUGAGGAAACUAUCAAACAGUUGGAAAGUCGCCUAGUAAAGCAGGACCAUCAAAUCCGGGAACUGACUGCCAAAAUGGAAACUCAGAGCACAAAUGUAAGCGAACUCAAGCGAACCAUUCGAACCCUUGAGGACAAAGUUGCUGAAAUGGAAGCACAGCAGUGUAAUGGGAUUUACAUUUGGAAGAUUAGCAACUUUGGGAUGCACUUGAAAUCCCAAGAAGAGGAAAAACCUGUCGUCAUUCACAGCCCUGGAUUCUACACAGGCAGACCUGGGUACAAGCUGUGUAUGCGCCUGCACCUUCAGUUACCAACGGCUCAGCGCUGUGCAAACUAUAUAUCCCUGUUUGUCCACACAAUGCAAGGAGAGUAUGACAGCCAUCUCCCCUGGCCCUUCCAGGGUACAAUUCGCCUUACAAUUCUCGAUCAGUCUGAAGCAGUAAUAAGGCAAAACCACGAAGAGGUCAUGGAUGCUAAGCCAGAGCUGCUUGCCUUUCAGCGUCCCACAAUCCCACGGAACCCCAAAGGUUUUGGCUACGUAACAUUUAUGCACCUGGAAGCUUUAAGACAGGGAACCUUCGUUAAGGAUGAUACAUUAUUAGUACGCUGUGAAGUCUCUACCCGCUUUGAUAUGGGUGGCCUUCGGAAGGAGGGUUUCCAGCCACGAAGUACUGAUGCAGGAGUGUAGCAUCCAUUUACUUGUGUUAAAAACUACAGACCACACAGGAAACCAGUGCCUUCCUUGCCUAGUCCCAAUAAACACUAUUCAAACAAGCAGUGGAAGAGGUGUAACACCAGGCAGUGCAUGUCAUCAGUGAGGUCUUUCUACUUCUUACUGUUACAAACAUCUGAGGUAGUUUUCAUGGGAAUCUACGUGUCCUCUGUGUCUUCAAAAACUUAGCAUUUGAAGAGCCUGUGGCACAUCUGUUUGUUAAUUAGUGUACCUCUUCAUUGUACUUCCAUGGACUUUUUCCAUGUACUUCACUGUCAAAAAAAAAAAGAGGUCGGUGUUAGUGUACUGAAGCUCAGUUGUUUAAUAAUCCUAGGUGCCUUAGAAACUUAUGCUAUUUUUAGGACACUUGUGGACUGUAUUAAACAUGAGAAUCACUACUGCCUUGUGCUGACGCCAGGGAGAAAGUUGCUGCUCUGGUGCUGAGUUCUCAUUUUAGUUGACGCCUGUGAAUUUCAGAAGCUUUGAACCAUGAUCCCUGGAAAGCCUAAGUUCUCAUGUGCUCCCUUCCCUGUUGUUCAUUAAGGGUCCGGGGACUGCUUUAACCCUUACUUAUUUAGUGUGAACACCUUGUCUCUUGAGCACCAAGUGUUUCUUUCCUGCUUGCAUAUAUGGAGGCUCCAGGCCACAGCUUCUGCAGUUUGUAAUGCUGUGGUAACGUGGUUGCCAGCUGUUGAGUGUUAUUGCCAUGUAAGCUAGCUGUCUGUCAGUACAGCUCAGUUUCCAUGUCCCCAUGCAUGUCUUCUGUUGCUCAAAAACACAAAAUCGCCAACAUAAACAUUAAAAGUGAUCCAGCUCAUCAGCCAUUAGACAGCAUCUUAUGGAUAACUACAGACCUCUUACAGCCAAGAACCCUGUCAGCCCUCUUGACUACCUUUUGAUUUAGUUUAGUUAAUUGAAAUCAAUUUGCUUUCCUCAAGGGGCUGGAGAGAGAGCUCAGUUGUUAAGAUCUGGCUGC